AACCUAAUUUUUGGUUCUUUUAUCUAUAAAUGCUGAUUUUCAAAAAAAAAAAAAAAAAAGAAAAUUUGGAGAGGUAACUUAAAAAAACAAAUUGAUAAAACCAAAUUUGCCGCCAAAAAAAUUUGGACAUGGCGAUCGACUGUCUCAUCCUUGGCGCAGGACAAGAGGUGGGGAAGAGCUGUGUUGUGGUCUCCAUCAAUGGAAAACGAAUCAUGUUCGAUUGUGGUAUGCACAUGGGCUAUCUCGAUCAUCGCCGAUACCCCGAUUUCUCUCGCAUCCCAAACUAUGAUCAAGGGCGCUCCUCCGGCUCCGCCUUCGACCACGCCAUUGAUUGCAUCAUCAUCACUCAUUUUCAUUUGGAUCACGUUGGCGCUCUUCCUUACUUCACUGAAGUUUGUGGGUAUCGUGGACCUAUUUACAUGACGUAUCCAACAAAGGCAUUGUCUCCACUCAUGUUGGAGGAUUAUCGAAAAGUAAUGGUUGAGAGGAGAGGUGAGGAGGAACAAUUUACCUCUGAUCAUAUAGCGGAAUGUAUGAAGAAAGUUAUAGCUGUUGAUCUAAAGCAGACAAUUCAGGUUGAUAAAGAUCUUCAAAUACGUGCAUAUUACGCAGGACAUGUUCUUGGAGCUGCAAUGUUCUAUGCAAAGGUAGGAGAUAGUGCUAUACUGUACACAGGAGACUAUAAUAUGACACCAGAUAGACAUCUUGGAGCUGCUCAAAUUGAUCGACUUCAUUUGGACCUUGUUAUAUCAGAGUCUACAUAUGCAACAACUAUACGUGACUCAAAAUACAGUCGAGAGAGGGAAUUUCUUAAAGCGGUUCACGAGUGUAUCUCUGGGGGAGGAAAAGUGCUUAUACCCACAUUUGCUCUAGGAAGAGCUCAGGAACUUUGUAUCCUGUUAGAAGAUUACUGGGAGCGAAUGAAUCUAAAGGUUCCUAUUUACUUCUCGGCAGGUUUAACUAUUCAAGCCAAUAUGUACUAUAAAAUGCUUAUCAGUUGGACCAGCCAGAGAAUCAAGGAGACAUAUUCAACCCACAAUGCAUUUGAUUUCAAACAUGUUAAAGAUUUUGAACGGUCAAUGAUAGAUGCGCCUGGACCCUGUGUUCUCUUUGCCACACCAGGAAUGAUAAGUGGUGGUUUUUCACUCGAGGUCUUUAAACAUUGGGCUCCUUCAGAAAAGAAUCUAAUUACACUGCCUGGGUAUUGUGUUGCUGGAACCAUAGGACAUAAAUUGAUGUCAGGUAAACCUUCCAAAAUUGAUCUGGACAAGGACACUUCUGUCGAUGUGCGAUGCCAGAUUCAUCAAUUGUCUUUCAGUCCUCACACAGAUGCCAAAGGUAUCAUGGAUCUUAUCAAAUUUCUCUCCCCUAAGCAUGUAAUACUUGUUCAUGGUGAGAAGCCUAAGAUGGCUACUUUAAAAGGAAGAAUUCAAUCUGAACUAGGCAUUCAUUGUUAUGACCCUGCAAAUAACGAGACAGUAUCGAUUCCAUCAACGCAGUAUGUGAAAGCAGUAGCCUCUGAUGCAUUUGCUCGGAGUUGCUUGAAUCCAAAUUUCAAGUUUUUGAAAAGCAGCUCAGGCAAUGGUUUGCAAGUAACUGACGAAAGGGUAUCCGACGGGAUAUUGGUUUUGGAGAAAAGCCAAAAACCGAAGGUCAUGCAACAAGACGAGCUUUUGCUCAUGUUGGGAGAAAAUGAGCACAAAGUUGAACAUUCUUGUUGUUUUCCUGUCCAUAUCGGCAACAUAGAGAGCUCAGAGCGGUCUAGCACAGGCUUUUGGCUUCGUUUGUUUUCUGCAAGACUGUCUGAUGAGAUUUCUGCUGGGAUUAUUGUCCAAGAUUUUGAAGAGCAUAUUCAAGUAGAGUCAUUUCAUCUGUCCAUUUGUUUGAAAGAUAGUUGCUCUCACAGGAUAACAGAUGAUUCUCAAAAUAAAUCCGAAUCGGUAUUUUGUUGCUGUACUUGGUCAGUGGAAGAUGAAAAGAUUGCAUGGAAGAUCAUUUCAACCAUGAAAAAUUUCAACUUGAAUCCGGGGCAACAAGAUGCAUCUAAUAAUUGAGGAACUCUUUGUUCUGUCUUUAUGAGCAAGCUUAUGAACAAAGAUAAAUUAUUUUAAUCUAGCAACUGGCAACAAUCAAUAGUGAUCAAUUUAAUCCCCAUAUCUUUUUGCAUAUAUGGUGUAAGUUAAAUUUGUAUGAUUUUUGAUCAUUAAAUUAUUAAGACCAUUGAUUUA